AUGUACUUCGCCAUCUCCCUUGUCUUGGCUCUCGCUGCCAUGACAGCUGUCUCGAUGCCGCCCCCCAAGGGCCGGCGCGAGGACGGCAUCGCUCGUCGUAGCUUCACUGGCCGCUCCUUCAGCCGGGGCUUCAAGGCACGCGACGACCCUCAACCCGUGCUCAACCCAUUCACGUCUGGCGCCGUCUUGAAUGCGACAGCAGGCACGAUCACAGGUGUCACCGAGUCGUUCGUGAUCCCGAACCUUAGUGUGCCUGAGGGUCAGGACCCGACUGUCGCCUACACCAUAGUCAUCGAGCUCGGCAUGGAUUGGUACAACUGCCCGACCGGCGGUAUCCUGGCUGGUAUUCAAUCCGUCAUUGACAACGGCACAGUGACCAAUAGUGCCUUUUUCCAGGCCUUCCCUGAAUCUGCAUCCAUCGUCGUCUUCCCGGACUUUAGCGCCUCAGUGGGAGACAGCAUCACGACAAGCGUCACUGCGACGAACGCGACGUCGACCACGGUGAUCUUUGUCAACCAGAGCACGAACCAGACCGUCUCGCAGGUCGUCACUACCGGUACUCUGUGCCUGCAGGAAGCAGACUGGCUCCUGGAGGACCUCCAGACGGACGGGGGAGCAGGGUCCGGAAUCCCCUUUGCCGACUUUGGCGUGAUCAACAUCACCGGUGUAUCUGCCCAGACCCCGUCAGGUCCUGUGGGGCUCGCUGGCGCGACCAUUUUCGAAAUGGAACUGAACAACACCGCUCUUACUUCCGUCUUGGUCUCGAACUCGACCAUCGAUAUCACCUACCUCUAA